AGCGAGUCUUGAGCUCCGUGGAUUCAUUCUCUGUCUGGAGUGAAGAGGCUGUAGUACGCGGGAUCUCUUACAUUUACUCUCUUGUUUACUGACGGCGAUGAAAUUUCAGUUUUAAUCGUUGGAAAUAAUCGUCCAGGAUGACGGUGGAUUUUGAAGACUGUGUCAAAGAUUCACCCCGCUUUCGGGCUAAUAUUGAUGAGGUGGAGACGGAGGUGGUGGAGAUCGAAGCCAAGCUUGAUAAGCUGGUGAAGCUGUGUGGCGGUAUGAUUGAAGCUGGGAAAGCGUACGUCACCGCCAACAAACUCUUCAUCAACGGCAUCCGUGACCUAUCCCAGCAGUGCAAGAAGGACCAGAUGAUAUCGGACUGUCUGGAGAAGUGUGGCGAGAGUUUGCAGGAGAUUGUCAACUACCACAUGAUCCUGUUUGAUCAAGCCCAGAGAUCAGUCAAGCAGCAGUUGCAUAACUUUGUUAAAGAUGACGUGCGUAAAUUCAAGGACACGAAGAAGCACUUUGAUAAGGUGAGAGAAGAUUUGGAGAUCGCGCAGGUGAAGAACGCCCAGGCACCUCGAAACAAACCCCACGAGGUGGAGGAAGCCACCAGCACCCUCAACUUCACCCGCAAGUGCUUCCGACAUCUCGCACUGGACUAUGUGCUGCAGAUCAACGUCCUUCAAGCCAAAAAGAAAUUUGAGAUCUUAGAUGCGAUGUUAUCCUUCAUGCAUGCGCAGUACUCGCUGUAUCAGCAGGGCUACAACCUCCUGGAUGAGAUUGACCCCUACAUGAAGAAACUGGCUGCUGAGCUGGAUCAACUGGUGAUUGAUUCGGCGAUGGAGAAGAGAGAAAUGGAGCAUAAACAUGCCACGAUUCAGCAGCGGACACUGUUACAGGACUUUGCGUAUGACGACCCAAAGUUGGAGUUUAACGUGGAUGCGCCCAAUGGAUUGGUGAUGGAGGGCUAUCUGUUUAAAAGGGCCAGUAACGCCUUCAAAACAUGGAAUAGGCGCUGGUUCUCCAUCCAAAACAGCCAGCUGGUGUAUCAGAAGAAACUAAAGGAUUCGCUGACGGUUGUUGUGGAGGACUUGAGGCUCUGUUCUGUCAAACCUUGCGAGGACAUCGAGAGGAGGUUCUGUUUUGAAGUCGUGUCGCCUACCAAGAGCUGUAUGCUACAGGCAGAGUCAGAGAAACUCCGGCAGGCCUGGAUCCAGGCGGUUCAAGCCAGCAUCGCCUCGGCGUACAGAGAGAGUCCAGACAAUUAUUACAUUGAGCGUUUGGACCGGACCGCUUCUCCCUCCAUCAGCAGUAUAGACUCAGCAAAUGAGCCCCGAGAGCGCAGUGGCAGGGGCGAGAGCAUUCUGCAGCGUAUCCUGUGUCUGCCGGGGAACCAGCAGUGCUGUGACUGUGGGCAGGCCGACCCGCGCUGGGCCAGCAUCAAUCUGGGCGUCCUGCUCUGCAUCGAGUGCUCUGGCAUUCACAGGAGUUUGGGAGUACAUUGUUCAAAGGUCCGUUCUCUCACCCUGGACUCAUGGGAACCAGAGUUACUAAAGCUGAUGUGUGAACUAGGAAACAGUAUCAUCAACCACAUCUAUGAAGGCAGCUGUGAAGAGCAGGGCCUGAAGAAACCGGGACCCAGCAGCUCCAGGCAAGAAAAGGAGGCCUGGAUCAAAGCAAAGUAUGUUGAGAAGAAGUUCCUGAAGAAGAUGAUGACGGGUGAAGUUCUGGUCAACGGCGGGAGAAAAUCUGAGCGGCGAUGGAACCCCAGGAAAUGCAGGAGGCAUAACAGUGCCACCACCGUCCCCAAAACACACCGCAAAUACAGACAGGAGCCGGGCAGUGCGUCUCCUGCAACCCUUUCCUCAGCAACCGCUGCUCUGGAGAGAAAGUUCAGACGGGAAUCCCUCUUUUGCCCGGAUGAGUUGGACACCCUCUUUUCAUAUUUUGACACUGGUUCAGGGCCUCGCAGUCCUGCAGGUCUGAGCAGUGACAGUGGGUUAGGUGGCAGUACUGAUGGCAGCACUGACGUCUUGGUCUUUGAGUCUGUGGUGGACAGUGUCACAGAAGAGGAGUGUGAGGUUUCUGAAGACUCCAGUAAUGAGGCUGAACUAGAGCCGGAGGCGUCAGAUCCAGAGGAUCUGAGAGAACUGGAUCCUGGAGCAUUACUCUAUAAGGCCUGUCAGGCACGAAAUCUGCCCGUCAUGGCUGAAGCUCUGGCACAUGGAGCUGAUGUCAACUCAGUGAAUGAAGAGGACGAGGGGAAAAGCCCCCUUAUUCAGGCUGUGAUUGGAGGUUCCUUGAUAGCCUGCGAGUUUCUGCUCCAAAAUGGUGCAGAUGUCAACCAAAGAGAUCACAGGGGAAGAGGCCCGCUGCAUCACGCCACAUAUUUAGGUCACACUGGUCAAGUUUGUUUGUUCCUGAAACGAGGAGCGACCCAGAACGAUGGUGAUGAGGAUGGCCAGGACCCACUGAGCAUAGCAGUUCAAGCCGCUAACGCUGACAUAGUUACUCUGUUACGUCUAGCACGUAUGAACGAGGAGAUGCGUGAGUCGGAGGGUCCGUUCGGUCAGCCAGGUGACACCACGUACCUGGACAUUUUCCGUGAGUUUUCCCAUAUGGCAUCCCACAAUCCUGAGAAGCUGAAACGGAGGAGUGUUCACUUCCGUCACUCCUUCAGAGUGUGACAGAUCAAGCUCAGAUUUAAACUUUGGACACCAAUCAAGCUGGAGCAGAAGACACUUUGACUAGCUGAUAUCAUAAGUGUGAUGAAGAUGAGUGUGAAAGACUUUAAAUGAUAAUUAUGGUCAUGUUGAAUGUUUGCAAUGAAUGUAAUGCUAUUUUUGUAUCUUUAUGGGGUCAGCUGGACUUAUCCCCAGUGUUUUGUGUCACUUUUCUUCAUUUGUAUUCUCCCUCUUUUAGCCAUAGCAGUAAAAGGCACUUAAUGAGGCACUAAAUGUCAAAACAUCUGCAAUUUAUGGUUUCAUGUCUUUUAAACAUAUAAUCCAAAAACCAUGCAUGAAUGCUUUCUCAUUUUUCAUUUCAUUUCAAUACUAUUACAAGCAUCACUAUUAUCCUCUAUAAUGAAACAUAUCCAGCGCUGAUCGUUUUUUUCUGUUUUUAAAGCAGUUGAAAUAAUAAGGAAAUUGUGUUUGGAGAAUCUGCAGUGAUUUUGUCUGUUGCUGUAGUGAUGAAUGUACUGUUUUGUAUCGACUAUGCUGGUGUAGUCUAUAUAUUUUAUCUGUACAGCCACUUAUAAAUCAUUGCAAAUUCAAAUGCAGAUAUUGUAUUGUUUUUUUAGAUGCAAAUUGAUAAUAUAUCAUAAAAUGAUGGUAUUUUGUUAAAAAUGCAAAAACAUUGAGUGGAUCUUUUGUUGUGGGAAAUAAAUAUA